AUGACCACUCUGGUAUCCAACAACUACCAUUCCCAGCAGUUGUCUGCCAGUGACUCGUAUUCUACUGGUAACAUCGCUGAUUUCUACGCCAACGAUAGUGGCCAUGAUCUAGAUCGUCACAACCACGGCCACGACCAUAUCAAUAUCCAAGAUGCAAUCAGUUAUCACGAGGAUUCCCAAAUGAUGGCCGAAGAUGAAGAUUAUGACGAGGAACAAGACGAUGACGAUGACCAAGAUGAAGAAGACAGACUUUGCAAACAUUGUGGGAAAUUGAUCCUCGAAGGACACGCAUACGAGUUGGGAGAUGAUCGUUGGCAUAUUAACUGUUUUAGAUGCUCAAAGUGCACAAACUUGCUCGGUAUCAACUCAGAUUUCUUGGUGGUUGGUACCGGCGAAUUGGUUUGCGAGAACUGUUUUUAUGACUGCCAAGUGUGCGGUAAGAAAAUUGGGGAUCUUGCCAUCCUUGCUGGCAAUCAACCUUACUGUGCCGACUGCUUCGUUUGCAAACAUUGUAAAAACAGAAUUGAUAAUUUACGAUACGCAAAGACUUCCAGUGGCCUUUAUUGUAUGAACUGCCAUGAAAAAGUUUUGUUGAAGAAGAAGCGACUAGAACACGAGAAACGAGAACGAGAAAGAAUACGUCGUCAACAACAAAAAAGAAAUAGUGGCGGUACACCUUCCCAAUCACAGUCAGUCAACUCGUCUAGAAACACAACCCCGAUUUUUGAAAAAUCGUUGCCAUCUAUCCCCCCAACUUCAUCUGCAACAGCAGCAGCAGCCCCCCAAGCAUCGAGUAGCUCAAAGGCGUAUAACCCCCAAAAUGCAAACGGUACUUUCAAUAGCCCUUUUGAAACUGAAGAGGCUGAUGUUAGGCUUUCUCCAAUAGUGGGAACACAUCAAUCAAUGUCUGAUAAUGAAAGUGACGAUCUCGAUGUCAUGUUUCAAUCCCUCAAUUCCUUGGCUUCAAAUAGCAACCCUAGUAUUAAACCAUCUUUUUCCAAUAAUCUGAGAACCAAAAAACCAAACUAUGAGCGAACUCCCUCUUAUGAAACUUCAAAGAAACGGAAAUCGGUCACUUUUGAUCCUUCUACUGAGGGCGACAUAUCUAACGAUGCUGACAAAUCCUUCAGCUCAUUAACUAACCCCACAGCGAACUCUAAUGAUCCAGAUGCAAGUUUCAAACUAGCAGAUCCUCCUAAGAAUGAUUCAAUGUCGCAGGCAGGUACUGGAGGCAAACAGUCCAGUAAUAAUCGCCCACCAAUUUCCAGUAGAGCUGCCAAUAACAGAAGAAUUGUUUAUGUGGAUGAUGACGAUAAUGAUCAUGAUACGUCGAAUACCACCUUUAACAUUGACAAUUCUUUUGGAGAAAUUCUUGACCAAGAAGCGACAUAUAACAAGAGAAGAGUUUCGUACCAUAAUGAUCAAGAGUUGAAAUCGCAAAUCAAGAAAAGUUCAGAUAGUUUGAAGCAAUUGUCGACAUCGGAAAGUGGCACUCCAAAACAAAGUAAAUUCAAGUUUAGUAGCAGCACCGAUUACAACGAUGGUCUAGAGGGAUCCGGGGAAAAUAAAUCUGGCAAUGGUUUGAAAUUGGGAAGGUCUUUGUCAAUUAAGUCUCCUAAGAAUUUGCUCAGCGGUAUUAAUCGUCAUAGAAGAUCGAUAUCUAAUGUGAAUGGCAAUGGUGUUUCCAAAGAUCAAAACAAUGGCGAGUACGAUGUCCCUGAAAAACGUUCCAGAUCUAAAUCCAAAACAAGUCAUUCGAGAUCAAAUUCGGAUAUUCUAAACUCUUAUUCUUCUGACACUUCAACUAUCAAAGGUUCUAGCGCAAACACCAAUUCUGUCCCACAGAACGAUGCAGAACUUCGUAGUAUGAGAUCUGAAUUAGUUAGUAUGACUUCUCAAGUCUCCACAUUGAAGGAUGAGUUGUCUAGCUUAUUGAACACUAAGGCGGACUUGACCAGUGAAGUUGGUGAACUACAAUUAAUGAUGUCAAAGUUGAAAUUUGAAAUUGAAAAAGAACGGAAGAUUUUGGAACAAACCAGAGCCAUUAAUGAUAAUGUUAAAGCUGGCGACGCUGAUGAUCAUAACACUAAUAGUACUCCUUAUCAAUCAUAUUCUCGUAAUGCUUCUGAGAAUUCAAUCGGUACAGGUGGCAGUGAUGGCGACUCUUAUUAUAAUUCCGCUUCCCAGAUGCCUUUGCAACAAAAUCACCCUCAUGCCCAACAUUCACCACAUUAUCAUCAACACCAUCACCAUGGCGGAAAUCACAAAAGUAAAAGGGGUGGAGCGGAAAUCAGCAUUGAAAGCAUCAACAAUGCUUCUGCUAGCCCAAAUAUUGAUAAUCUCAAUACCAAUAAUAUCAACUUAGACUCACUCAAUAACAGAAGACCGAAUCUCACAAUAUCUACGGGUUCGCCUGCAUUUUCCGUGCAACCAUACACAUCCUCAAUUAUCACCCCAACCACAGAUGAUAUAAAUACUCACAAUGGUGAUUACGGCAACCAAAGCAAGCUUAGCAGCACCUCAACUGCCAUUGUUGUCGAGAAGGGGCAAAUUGAAUCAGUGGAGAUGCAAUCUGCCGUCAAGCCAAAGGUUAAAGCCCGUUUCUGGAGAUCCAAACAUAAAGGGUUCGGAAAAUUCCAGAAAGACAACAGUGAAGAUUACAGUGCUGCUGGUGGUAACGGUGGUAAAAGUGGAGCAAAAAUUAAGAUUUCUGCUCCAGUAUUGCAACAUUUAGAUGAUGAAGCAUUCAAUCAAAUGAACAGUAAACAGCGUGUUAACGGUGCUCCUAAUAUUAAUACAAUCUCUAAUAACUCUGGAGCGAUUAAUGGUAAUUCCUCAGGAGCUAAUAACAAAAUCACCUUCCUCGAUAAAUUUUCUAACUCAAUGUCAUCGCUGACCAGCCAGGGUAAUUUGACUGGCUCAAGUUCCAAUGGCGGUGGUCUUGGAAGCAGUCUCUUAGAAGGGUUGAAAUCCCCACUUCUUUCAGCUGGUAUAACAGCACCUAAUACAGGAACUACUAGUUCUAGUGGUAUUGGCAAUACGUCGGUAUUGAGCUUAGUGGAAAGAGCCAUUUUGGAGAAACGUGAUAUUCCAUUGCUUGUUGUAAUUUGCAUUAAACAUAUUGAAAAACAUGGGCUUUAUAGUGAGGGUAUCUAUCGUAAAUCUGGUGGUGCAUCUCAAAUCCAAGCAUUAGAGGUCGCAUUUGAAGAUAUUAAUGGAAAAUUUGGUAUGAAUAGCGAUGUUGAUAUCAACAGUGAAGAAAUCGAAAAAAUCUUGGGAGUUGAUAUCAACGUGGUUAGCAGCGUUCUCAAAAGAUAUUUACGCCGUUUACCAGAACCGGUUAUUCUUUAUGAGCUUUAUGACCAAUACAUUGCUUGUGCCUUGAUUAAACGCCAUGAUAAGAAAAUUGAAAAACUUAAAAGCAUUAUGGCCCAAUUACCGAAACAGCAUAUGUUUACUUUGCAAAUGGUGACAAAGCAUUUAAAUUUGGUGUCACUGUAUAGUGACCUGAACUUCAUGAAUUUGCAUAAUUUGGCUAUUGUGUUUGCUCCAAGUUUGGUUAGAGACUUGACUGGAGAAAGAGAAAUUGCUGACAUGGUUAACAAGAAUGAUGUGACAGAGUUUUUAGUAAGUAACUAUCAUCAAAUAUUUUGA